ACUUUAAAUACUCCUUAUCAAUGAAAUAACGCGGCCGCAAGUGUUCCGAACGGUCGACAUGUGUAGUGAUUUCAUAAUGCCAAAAUGGAACGGUGCAUGGGGCACAAAGUGUCAGUAUAUAUAGCUGCUUUGAUCAUACGUGCUUCGGGAUUCAUCCUUAACCCAGACGACCCACAGCAAUGCGGAUUGCCAGAAGUUUCACACGUGGGUACGAGAAUCAUAGGCGGACAGGAAGCCCGUCCGGGUUCGUGGCCGUGGAUGGCUUUGCUCGCACGCCAUGGCCAACCUGUGUGUGGCGGCAGCAUCAUCACUACACGCCUCAUUCUGACAGCCGCCCAUUGCUUUGCAAAAGACGUCCAGGAAGGCAAUUCGCUAAGGGACUGGCGAGUGUAUGUUGGUAAACACCACGUGGCUACCAAGGACAGCACUGAGCAGAGCUCCAACAUACGCCGGCUUGUCCUGCAUCCGGGCUUCGACAACGUCACGCUACUUGGCGACAUUGCUAUAUUGGAACUUGAGGAUCCCGUGAAUUUUACGAGCUACGUUAGCCCUGUCUGCCUGCCCCGGGGCACUGGUCAAGUUGUACCAUUAGGGACCUACUGCUAUAUCAGCGGCUGGGGGGAGACGCAAGGAUCAUCCAACGCCAACGUUUUGAACCAGGCCACAGUCCCGAUCCUUCACGAUUACUGGUGCGCACGCGCAGAUUGGUACGGGGCCAAGUUCCUAUAUCAGGCGACGUUCUGCGCGGGAUUCAAGAGUGGCGCCAGAGACUCGUGUUCGGGCGAUAGUGGUGGGCCACUGGUAUGUAAAGCCGACGGAAGAUGGUACGUUCAAGGCGUAACUAGUUGGGGCUACGGAUGCGCUCAACCCAUGUUCCCGGGAAUCUACACUGACGUGUCCGUGUACGGCGACUGGAUACGCGCGGCAGCGGCCAAUCUCAGUGCCACCAUCAGAGACUAACUUCAAGAUUCAUAUUCACAAACCAUAUACUUUAUAUUCUUAGUCUUCGUAAUAAGAUAUAGAAAUGUAUUCUCGAUACAAAACUGAACAUAUUGAGAUUAACUGUUGGAUUGCUCUAUCAAUAAUGGCUUAGGACUAAAUAUACACAUAUACUCGAAAAGUUACUGGUUUACAACUGUUGCACUUGUGCAUAACUUUAUUUUGCUUUCACAAUCUCUGAUGACGACAUUCUUGAUAUAGAACUAGAUGUUCAUGAUUAAAGCUAUAUACAGUAACAUGUAUUUUUAAACGCGGUUUUUUGUAUAUGUUGUGUUCGUGGUUCUUAAAUUUGAAACACGGUUGGUGAAUAUGGUCUAUAGUUUGUAUAUAUUUUUUGAGUGAAAAGGCGCAUACAAUCCCUUGUGAAUGUAAAUCAUAAAUACUAGUAAACAUCAAACCAUC